UUUGGGGGCGGACCUACGUCGUCGCAUUCUUUGGAAGCAAGAUGACCGAGGGGAAGAUCGUGAGCCUCAAGUACCCGGUCUUUGGCCUCGACUGGCAGCGCGACCCGGACGACAUCUCGUUCGUGGCCAUCGCGGGCGGCGGCGGCUCGGCCAAGAGUGGCAUCAAGAACUGCGUGACCUUGGCCCGCCUUCCGCAUGCGCUCGACACGGCGAUCAAGCCGACGCUCGUACCGUUCCAUGAGAUUGACACGGGCGACGACCUUGUCUCUGGCGUCUCGAUUGGCACCAAGGGCGGCCUCGUGGCGCUCACAAUGGGCAACAAGACGGUGAUCUACCGCGUGCGCAUUGGCAGCAAGACGACUUCGGCCCACGUCACUGAAUUCCAAACGGACUUCGCCAAGGACGAUAGCUACCAAAGCGUUCUGCGGUUCAGCCCUGAUGGAACGAAGCUCGCCACCGGCGGCGAAGAUGGCACCGUCCGCGUGUGGGAGCUUACCAUCCCCGACCACGACGACGACGAGACCUUUGCGAAGGGGUUCAAGGCCACCGAAGUCGCCAAGCUCGACGGUCACAGUGGGUGCAUUAGUGGGCUCUCGUGGCAUGCGACCAACACCAAGCUCUUGACAUGUGCCAAGGACGGACAGUGCUUUCUAUGGGCGCUCACCGACAACAAGAAGAAGAAGACGUGGACCAAGACUGGCAAGCUGGGUCUCGCCGGGGAGCUUGCUCUCCAGAAGCUCGACGCCAAGGCCAACCGCGGCAAGUUCAUCUACCGGGCGUGUCACUUUCACCUCGACGAGAUCGUGACGCUGCAGACGCCGGCGCGGGGCUCCUCGUAUUUGACCAAGUGGGCGAUCGGCGACGGCGGCAAGCUCUUCUCGGAAGUCGCGAGCGUUCCGAUCAAGGACGUCAUUGUGUGCUCGAUGGCGAUCAACCUGCGCUACAUAGCUUGCGGCUCCAGCGACGGGCAGCUGCUUCUCUUCACGUACGACGCGCUGCGUCUCCUCAAGACAAUUUCGGCGCACUACCUUCCGUCGACGGGCCUCGCGUUCAUCCCGCCCAUGCUCCUCGACCCGAGCGACCAUGACGACGACCGGAUCCGCGAGUACGAAGACGACUUGACGGUCCUCUCUGGCUCGGCCGACUACUCGCUCUACCUCGUCUCGGGAUUCCAGCCGACGCGAUGGGUGCAGCUUGCGAUCUUCCUCCUCGUCUUCCUCUACCUCGCCUUCUUCGCCUACCUUGGCGAGAGCUGGAAGUAAACGUAGUACAUCGCCAGUACGCAUGGCUAAUGCUAGUCGUCGUACUCUCCUCUUCCGCC